AAGGGGAGGUGGACACGGGUGCAUCUAGUACGGCAGAGAGUCAGGAUUGCCCUGCAGCCUGUGGGCUCUUCACACUCCCAUUUGUCCCCAGGGCUCGGAGCUGGGCGGCUGGUCCCUGGGACGCUGGACCCACGACGGGAUAGACAUCAACAACAACUUCCCUGACUUAAACACGCUGCUCUGGGAGGCAGAAGACCGACAGAACGGCCUGAGGAAAGCUCCCAAUCACUACAUUGCAAUCCCUGAGUGGUUUCUGUCGGAAAAUGCCACGGUGGCCGCAGAGACCCGAGCGGUCAUAGGGUGGAUGGAGAAAAUCCCCUUCGUGCUGGGCGGCAACCUGCAGGGGGGCGAGCUGGUGGUGGCCUACCCCUACGACAUGGUGCGGUCCCCGUGGAAGACCCAGGAGCACACGCCCACGCCCGACGACCACGUGUUCCGCUGGCUGGCCUACUCCUACGCCUCCACGCACCGCCUCAUGACGGACGCCCGGCGCAGGGUGUGCCACACCGAGGACUUCCAGAAGGAGGACGGCACCGUCAACGGGGCGUCCUGGCACACCGUCGCGGGAAGUCUGAACGAUUUCAGCUACCUUCACACAAACUGCUUCGAGCUGUCCAUCUAUGUGGGCUGUGACAAAUACCCCCAUGAGAGCCAGCUGCCCGAGGAGUGGGAGAACAACCGGGAAUCUUUGAUCGUGUUCAUGGAGCAGAUUCAUCGCGGCAUCAAAGGUGUGGUGAGAGACUUACACGGAAAAGGAAUUCCAAAUGCCGUUAUCUCCGUAGAAGGCGUUAACCAUGACAUCCGAACAGCCAGCGAUGGAGAUUACUGGCGCCUGCUGAACCCCGGAGAGUACGUGGUCACAGCGAAGGCAGACGGCUUCACCGCGUCCACCAAGAACUGUAUGGUCGGCUACGACAUGGGGGCCACGCGGUGUGACUUCACGCUCAGCAAAACCAACCUGGCCAGGAUCAGAGAGAUCAUGGAGAAGUUUGGGAAGCAGCCCGUCAGCCUGCCCGCCAGGCGGCUGAAGCUGCGGGGGAGGAAGAGACGACAGCGCGGGUGACCCUCCAGGACCCUUGAGACACAUCCUGGACCUGCGCAAAUUAAACCAACCCAGCAGUAGCUCCGUAGCGGCCUCACUCACUGUCGUUUUCUCUGUAAUUCAAGGGGCACCUGGGGCAGAGUGUGCAUUGCAAGGCUGGUCCCAGAGUAGGGGGCUGGGGCUUAGGAUGUUUCCCUUUUUCUGUUCCCAUUUAUCCAAAUACCUUGGACAGAGCAGCAGAGAAAGGCUGGUGGGAGUGAGAGAAGUUGGCAGGUCAGCCUGGGAAUCUGAGAGGGAGGAGCUGCCUGUUCUCGGCCUCCGGGACACGCGGGGAGGGACACCGGUGCUUCCCUCUGCGUGACAGCAAGAGUGCCGUGUGCAUUUGCGAUUUGUGCAACUAACAUCGCAGCAUCCCUGGAGCCCAGCUGUCUCAAAGGUUGCCGUUUCAGAUGCUCCCGGGCAUCCUAAGAGAAUCCGCCCUCUCUGGCCCUGGGGCAUUCCAAGCUGCUCCAGAUAAAUUCUGCAUUGUGUUGACAAUGGGGACAUUACCAAGUGAGCAUCAGUCAGCCUCCUGAAUCGGUUCAGCUUUCCUUUUCAACAAGGCAUUGUGUUCAUAAAAGGAGAGAAGAUUGUUGGGCAUCGGGCAUGGGGCUUACCCACACUGGGUCCACAAAGAACCCCGCAAACACCCUGCAGACCCGGUAGCCCUGGGAUGGGGGCACCCUAGGCAGGGAGGGCCAGAGGUUCAGCCUUCCUGAGGCACCAGACAAUUUAGCCUGGAUCUCCUUGUUGUCCUGCUGGAACUUGGAAUGAACCAGAAGAGGGCUGGCCUGCAGUGCUCUCUGUGCUUGAGGGGUGGCCCCUUUGUGGAAUGAGCACUCCUGAGUGGGCCUGACAUCAGUCUGGGAGUUAUUUUUGCCGUGUGGAAUGCCAGAUCUUCCAAAUUAGGCUAAAUUUGAUAAACAAAAGGAUUCCCUGUGGAGCAUCAGCCUGAGAGGGGUUAUUGAAUUAUCAUGCAAGAAAAAAAGUUGUGUCUCACGUUUUAUUCAUGUUGCUGCCUCAUUGAGCUGGGAAGAAUGAAAAAAAUAAAGCAAAUGGUAAAAUC